AUGUAUAAGAAAGCUUAUCCGACAAGGCGAAUGGGUGGCCCACGCGCGGAUUUACCAACUCCGUCCUGGCAGGCGUACCCUGAUUUAGAUCAGGACACUGACCAACCUGCGGUCUGUCGAGAAAAAGGUAAACAUCUCCAGCAGAAAGCUUCAAGCAGUCCGUCUUCGCGAUUACACAGGCAUAAUGGAGUCUUGAAAAAACCGGAAACAAACAAGUCGACAAUGUUCGAGACAUCCAAUUUUGGUAUCCAAGGAAAUUUGAUGAGUUCGUCUAGAAAUGGCUCGUUCUUAGGAGUUGGAAGCAUAGGCCAAGGGUAUUCAUGUUGCAUGCUCAUGAAGCUCAUAGAGUAUCAAGAUGGCCAGGGUGAAACCAUCCCUUAUUGA